CGACGUGCUUUUCAUUUUGUAAACAGUUGCCCCCAGCUGCUGGAGACUACAGUUAGGGAACUCAUGGAUAAUCUUGUGAAGGUGCACGGAGCCGGCGGCUAUGACUCCGACUUCAGUGAUGAUGAUCAGCAGGGAGAGUCCUCAGGGAGAGGCCUUAAAAGGAAACGUGAGGAGGAGAUCCUACAGAAGCCUUUCCAGAAAGGUCGGCACUCGAAGGUGGCCCACAGGAGUUUACACUCUAAUGAACUUGACAGAGAGGAAGCCAGAAACAGAAGAGCCCAUUUGAUAUCAAUGAAUGCUUUUGAGCGACACAAGAAGUUUGUCAGUGACUACAUACUUUAUUAUGGAGGACAGAUGGCCGACUUCAAACGCUCUGUUGCCAAAGACAAAACCGAUCUGGAUGUACUGCGUGAGAAUCAUCGCUUCCUGUGGAGGGACGAGGACGAGGACGACAUGACAUGGGAAAAAGACCUUGCCAAGAAGUAUUAUGAUAAGCUGUUUAAAGAGUACUGCAUAGCUGACCUCAGCAGAUACAAGGAAAACAAGUUUGGAUUUCGUUGGCGGACUGAGAAUGAAGUUGUAUCUGGCAAAGGUCAGUUCCAGUGUGGAAACAAACGCUGUGAGAAGCAGGAAGGCCUAAAAAGCUGGGAGGUGAAUUUUGCCUACGUGGAACACGGCGAGAAGAGAAAUGCAUUGGUCAAACUCAGACUGUGCCCUGAAUGCUCUUUCAAACUCAACUACCACCACAAGAGGAAGGAGGUGAAAGCAAAGACUAAAAGGUUAUCGGAGGAGAGCCAGGAGCCGCCGCAGAAGAAGAAGAAGAAGAAGAAGAAGAGGAGGAGGAAGAGAUCGUCUUCACACUCCAAGAAGGACAAGCACAAGAGGCACAGAGAUCGCUCUGCCUCUUCCAGCAGCUCAGAUGAGUCACAGGACUCGGACAAAGACUCUGAAGCUGGUGACGAACCAGAGGGCCAAUCAGAGGCCGACCACUGGCGAGGACCCGCCCCUGCAUUGGAGGAAAAGUCAAGGGAGGAGGAGUUUGAUGAAUACUUUGAAGACAUGUUCCUUUGACUGCUGGUAUCAGCGGCAACCCUGCUGUGACGACGCUUCCUCCUGUGCACCGCUGACACCAAGCAUGUUCUGUUUGAGCCUUGUGUGCAUGUAGGUUUCUUUGAUUGUAUGUUUCAGUACCGCUACAGAAAUAAACUUCAUGU